AUGUCCCCUAGACGAAGCAUCAUAGUAACAGGCCAGUUCCCCAGAAUCACCUCCGAGCCCCUUCAUACAAUCCCAGUUAACAGCAUCACACGCCAGUUCGCCCCGCAACCAAACACCCAUAUCGCCAUCUUUGAUAUCAAUGCCACAACAGGCGCGGCCGUGGUCGAGCAGCUACGGUCCGAGUUCCCUUCGUCCAGCUUCAGUUUCGAGAGAGUCGACGUCUCCAGCUGGGAGAGCCAGGCUGCGGCCUUCGAGAAUGUUGUUGCCCAGCAAGGCCGGGUAGAUGUUGUCUUUGCGAAUGCGGGGAUCACAGAGAAAGGAUCUCUUAUGCCGGAGAAGGAUGGAAAGCCGACAAAGCCGGAACUGGCAACGAUAAAUGUUAACUUUAUUGGGGUUUUGUAUAGUGUUAAACUGGCUCUUCAUUAUAUCUCAAAGAAUGAGGCCGUCAACGGUUCAAAGGGGAGUGUCAUCUGUACUGCCUCGAAUGCAGGAUUAUAUCCCUUCCCCAUGGCUCCGUUGUAUUCGGCCACAAAGCACGGUGUGAUCGGGUUGGUGAGGUCGCUUGCGAGGCCGUUGGAGAGGGAGCAGAUUCAGAUCAACGGGUUUGCGCCAGCAGUGAUCGAAACGAAUAUUGCGCCGAGCUCAGACCUGUUCAAGACGAUGAUCCUGACGCCGAUGUCGACUGCUCAACGGGCUGCUCAGCAGUUUGUGAGUGAUCCUUCGUUGACCGGCAAGAUUGCGGAGUUGCAUGGUGAGCAGGUCACGUUUGCUGAGCCUCCUGCGUACGUGGAUGAAGAUACGGGGAGGAAUAUUGAGAAUUUUUGGUCACUGGGGUAUGCCUAG